AUGGAACGUAUCGCCGGAGAGCUAGGCGUGGGUAUCGCUCACCGUCCGACAGCGACCAUGCGCAACAAAAUCAUGCGAGUGAAGGAUCGCCUAGACGUGGGAGAACAAUCGGGUGUCGUCUAUCAGAUCCCAUGUCGGGACUGGCCUCGCCACUACACAGAACAGACUGGAGGACGACUUAGCUCACGAAUAACGGAGCACAAACGGGUGGUCCGGAGAGGCGACCCGUUGUCUCAGGUCGUCACCCACACCCUGGAGGAAGGCCACGAAUUCAACUUCGCGAGCACGCGGAUAGUAGCGCGGGCCGGCAAUAAGACUGGGCGAGAACUCUUGGAGGCCUGGGUGUCUGACACCAACUCUAUCAACAGACACGUUGACAUACCCCCCCCUCCCCCUGCUAUCACGCGCUCCGUUCCCGCAGCCAAGAGGCGAGACCCAAUUCCCAGCCAAAAAUGCACGCAGUCACGCCGUCGUGAGACGGCGUGGGUCUCAGCUUAUCGCGAAUACCACCCCCUGCACUCCUACCCCCCUUCAUGGCUUGAAUGCAAAACCUGCUCAUUUGCUGCCGUAUUCUUACAGUCUCUGACGAUGGCCUCCUGUGCGAGACCGAAAGCUCAGUCUAAUGAACCUACUGUCCCAGAGAUCGUGUGUUCAUCUUCUUAA